AUGUCCGCUGACUUCUCUAGGAUGGGCUAUGCAAAAACCAACAGUGUUCGUUAUGUUGGUGUCUUCCUGGGAUUAGCACCAUACAACGCAAGUAUCCCUGCCAUCUUCAGCUAUCAGCACAAUAACAUCGUGGGCCAAUCGAAGCGUGCCAUUGGUGCUGCUGUUAUGAUCGUUGGAGGUGGGAUUGGUGGCAUCAUCGCCAGCAAUGCCUUUCAACAGAAAGAUGCUCCUCAGUACCGGCCUGGCCUGGACACUGUCAUUGCUGUGCAAGUGUUGACGGUGGUCUUAGUUUGCAAAAAUUUCUUCAUUUUCACACGCGCAAACCACAAGGCUGACCGAGGUGAGAUCCUCAUCGAAGACAAGGAAGGGUUCAGAUACACUCUGUAG